AGUUGAACGAGGGACCCGUAUGUCCGAGGCUGUUCUGAUGUUAUGCGAAUCUUGCACCUCCACGAUAUACUCUUCAAAUAUAAGUUGAAGUCGGCGAUGUGUUUUUAGGGGUGGGGGGGUGGGGGGGUCCGAAUCCGUGUUGUCGGAAUGGCCUUUGCUAGGGCUUUUGUACCCUUCCCUCCCUCAUCCUCCUCGCGUCCCUCUCUUCUCUUCCUCACAAUCUCCCACCUCUCUGUCCCCUUCCAAUCCAUCCGUAAUCUCACCGUCUCGGCUUCCUCCUCGGCCCUAAAUUCGUCUGCUUCCAUGGAAAUGGAAGCUCCAAAGACCCAUCGAUGGAGACCUAUGUGUCUUUACUACACGCAGGGUAGAUGCAUCAAGAUGGAUGAUGCUACACACCUUGAGAAGUUCAAUCACAAUUAUUCAGCAGACCUGAAAGUGAAUGCCACUUGCCUGAAUAGAUUGAGGCCUCAAGAUCUAGAUUACCUGUUGGUUCUUGAUCUGGAGGGAAAAGUUGAGAUUCUUGAAUUUCCUGUUCUGAUGAUUGAUGCCAAGACUAUGGAAUUCAUUGAUGCAUUCCAUAGGUUUGUAAGGCCAAGCUUAAUGAGUAAGCAGAAAAUUAUGGAAUAUAUUGAAGGAAAAUAUGGAAGAUUUGGAGUUGACCGAAUAUGGCAUGAUACUGCAAUCCCAUUUAAAGAUGUUCUCCAGGAGUUUGAGGUAUGGAUGACUAAUCAUCACUUAUGGGAAAAGGAUCAAGGAGGAUCACUUCACCGUGCAGCAUUUGUGACCUGUGGGAAUUGGGAUUUGAAGACAAUGAUCCCUAAGCAGUGCAAAAUUUCAAAGAUAAAGAUGCCUCUCUAUUUCAUGGAGUGGAUUAAUCUCAAGGACAUUUAUCUCAAUUUUUACAAGAGGACGGCAACAGGAAUGAUGACAAUGAUGAGGCAACUUGAGAUCCCAGUGUGGGGAAGUCAUCAUCUUGGCAUCGAUGAUGCUAAGAAUAUAGCAAGAGUUCUUCAGCAUAUGCUCGCUGAUGGUGUGGUCCUGCAGAUUACUGCAAGGAGGAGCACGGCAUCUCCUGAUGAGGUGAAUUUUUUUUCGGUAAUCGAAUCAGAUGAUGCUUGGCAGGGUUUUGAACUUAUGACGAGCAUGAUGGAAGCACAAGAGUCUCAUACAUGGACCCUGAGGGAAAACAAGUUUAGAAGAUCUGAUAGAAAUUCUGCAGUUGUAGGCCUAGUUUUAGGCCCUCUUAUCUACUGCUGUCAAUCCCAUGUGAUGAACUCAUCACCAAGGAGAUUGAGGAACCCGGUUCUACUUGCUCCUGUUGCAGCCUCUACUUGCACUUUCGCCACUGAGCACAAGGAAUUAGAUGCUGGCAUCGGAAGAGUGAUCUAGGUUGCAAAAUGGAAUGAAAGGAUGCCAUUCCUAUAAAUGUCUCUGUAGGUUUGAUAUACAUAGUUCUGUAUCAAUAUCCUAAAGCAAUACAGAAAGAGAUGCGUUUUACAACUCAGCUUCAAGCAGUUUGCACAGAUAUAUUUUACUUUGUGAUAUGACCUGUGAUUAAUAAUA